AUGCCUAGAGCUGUGAGGAUCCCCAAGGGCCCAAAACCUACAAAAACGACAAAUCCGACAAGACCGACAAAUCCAACAAAACUGACACGUCCUACAAAACCGAUCAUCAAAAAAAGGCCCAAGAAGGGACCCACCAAACCGGCCAACGCAGAGACCCAGCGUCUGCUUCACCAGGUGAAGAAGCAGGUUGAGGAUCUCGUCGGUCAGAUGUUUGCUGAGUUCACUGCAACAGAAUAUGAGGAGAACGAAGAUGGAGACAAAUACAUCUACGUCCGAGCGGGUGGAGAGGUUCUGCGUAUCGUCGUCUCCAGAGACGGAAGCGUCCAGUUCUUUGGGGACGAGUGA